UACUAGUCAAGCCACCAACAAAUACCCAAGAACAUUCUUCAUCUACCACAAAAUGCACCAAAACGGCAAGGUUUCAUCCAUGAAACGACAACCCCAUGUAGUGGUGAUGCCAUACCCAGGCAGAGGCCACAUAAACCCUUUACUCAACCUUUGCAAACUCAUCCUUACAAAAUCCAAUGAUUUUCUCUUUACCUUUGUAGUCACCGAAGAGUGGCUCGGCUUCCUCAGCUCCGAGCCCAAGCCACCGGCUAAUAUUCGUUACGCUGCUCUUCCUCAGGUGAUUCCUUCCGAAGUUGACCGAGCCGAUGACAUGAAUGGCUUCAUUAAAGCUGUUCUUACAAAGCUUCAAGAACCCUUUGAGCGGCUCCUUGAUCAGCUUGAGACGCCGCCAACAGCUAUUAUAUAUGAUACAUGGUUAAGUAGUUGGAUGGUUGAGGUUGGAAACAAAAGGAAUAUUCCGGUGGCUUCGCUUUUUCCAAUGUCGGCUUCGGUGUUCACUUUCUUUCAUCAUUUCGACUUGCUGGUGCAACAUGGUCAUUUCCCUCUUGAUAUUAUAGAAAGAGGACAUGAGAUUGUGGACUACAUACCAGGACUUCCUUCAACAAAAAUUGGUGACCUAACAACAAUUUUUGAAGGACAUGGUAACAAGGCAUUUCUACAAGUCAUUAACACUUUAUCAUUCCUAAAAAAUGCAACAUGCCUAUUAUUUACAUCCAUCUAUGAAAUUGAAGAGGAGGUGAUCAAGUGUGUUAAAGAAAAAUUACCAAUUCCAGUCUAUCACAUUGGACCUAUGAUACCAUAUUUUAACCUCAAACCCAACGAAAAAUGUGUUUCUGAUGAACCAUACUUACAAUGGUUGGAUUGUCAACCAAAGGACUCGGUGUUGUAUAUUUCACAAGGUAGUUUUCUUUCAAUCUCGAAUGCUCAAAUGGAGGAAAUCAUUGCGGGGAUUAAAGAAAGUGAUGUUCGUUUUCUAUGGGUGACGCGAGGUGACACUUCAAGAUUUAAAGACGGAGUUGGGGAGAAGGGAUGCUUAGUACCAUGGUGUGAUCAAUUAAAAGUGUUAUGUCAUCCUUCAGUCGGCGGAUUUUGGACUCAUUGUGGUUGGAAUUCGACUUCAGAAAGUAUUUACGCUGGUGUUCCUAUGCUUACUUGUCCUAUAUUUUGGGAUCAAAUGCCCAAUAGUAAGCUAAUAGUGAAUGAUUUGAAGGUGGGAUUUAGGGCAAUUAAUAGUGGUUAUAAUAAGGAAAAAUUGGUUUCUAGGGUUGAAAUAACAAAGCUUGUGACAACUUUUAUGGACCCUCAAAGUGUUGAGAGGAAAGAGGUGGUUGAAAAGGCUAAAAGUUUAAAACAUAUCUUUAGAAGGGCUAUUCAAGAUGGAGGUUCAGCUACUUCUGAUUUAGAUGCUUUUAUUAAACACAUUGCCUAAUUUUUAAUUUUAUUGUUUAAUAAGUACAAUUGCUUAACAAUUAUUCAAUGAUUGUCAACUCAUAAUGUUUUUAGUUAGAUUUCAAUUUUUAUCAUUUUUAUGUUUUAAAACAAUCAUCUUUAUUUCAUUUAUGAUAAGAUUAUCAUCUUUUCUCUUAAUUUUUAAUGAGAG